AUGACUAGGCACCACCAAAUCCUAGUCUUUGCGUACGCAUACUUCAUCAGCAAACACCGCGAUCCCUACUACCUCGGAGUAUCGCCCAAAGCCGUGGCCGAACCGGUAAUGUGGAGGGUAGCCCCAUCAGCUCCGGCAAUAUCAUGGUCUUAUAGUAGCUGGUUUCCGGCCAAGUACAAAGAGCGUCUUCGCCUGUUCGAAGACUUAGUUUGUCUCAAACACGAGCCUUGGAGUCUGGAGGCAUCGUUCUCCGACAGAGGAGACCCUUUUGCCAGAGCAAACAACCCAGGCUCCUCGCUAAAAACCAUGCGACAAAAGCAACAGGAAGAAUGGGAUAGACUCAACAUUGCAAUGUCAGUUAUCACUGCUACAAGCGCAGCGGCACUUGCCAUCGAAGCAACAAACGGUCGAACCCAUAUAUAUUGGCUGGUUACAGCCUUUUACAGUAUUGCAUUCGGCCUAUCUCUCGAAGGCGUCAUUUUGAUCACCUACAUGACUAUCGCUGCUGGCGGAUCAUCCGACGAAGGGAUCACUCGCCUCGCUCGGGGCAUCCUUGUUUCAGAGAAACACCCGGCAGUUCGGCCAACUGCAUUUGUCAUGGCACUACCGGCCAUAAUGACGACUUACUCCUCGUUCUCUCUGCUGUUGGGAUUGGUGACCAUGGUGGUGUCCGGGCCAGGCGAGGGCGUCGAUACGAUGAGCGUAAUGUAUAGCCGGGCAACGAUGAUUCCCGUUGGACUAGGAUUUUUCUUCCUCUGUAUUGCGAUUGUGCUUUGCGAAAUUGGUUAUUGGAUCGAAACUCUAGGGAGAAAGAAAUAUAGGAAUAAUCUCCCGAAAGGAACCGAUGGUUGCGUUGAGCCCGGGGUUCAGAUGGCUGCACACUCCAAAGACUGUUGUCCGGAUCGUAUUGCCGCAGAAUCCGCAAGCAGGCGUGAGCUCCUCGAGAAGGUCCGGUUAUUCAAGUCCAACGACCGUGACAAGUUGCCUCGGUUUUUCUCCGCCCCUCAUCGUAUUGACAUGCCUUAUCCCCAAGACACACACUCCGAAUUUGUCGGCUCGUUGCUAUCUUCAUUUAGUUUCGCGCGGACGAAUUUUGAUUAUCUGCUCAUCCCCUUCUCUCCCCUUCUUACUCUUACCCACUUACCUGAUUUACAUGGUCAUGUCGCAAUAGUGACUGGAGCCAACUCGGGUGUUGGAUUCGAAACAGCCCGAUCACUUGCAGGAAUGGAUGAGAUUGUUGAAAGCACCGGUAAUAAGGAGAUCGAAGUUGAGGUCCUAGAUUUGGCCAGUUUUUCGAGUAUCAAACAGUUCCUGGGACGAUGGGAAAGCCGUCAAACCAAGCAUGUUGACAUACUAGUCAACAACGCAGGAUGCAUGACCAAUGCGGCUUCCGUUACUGAAGAUGGGUUUGAAUACAUGUACCAGACAAAUCAUCUCGGGCACGUACUGCUGACCCUCUCACUUCUCAAUCACGGCCGCCUAUCCUCACAUGGACGUAUCAUCAAUGUCUCAUCCUGCUCUUCGUACGCCAGUGAUGAAUUAGACGCACACAACGCUGACUCGCGUGACAUUAUUCGAAAGUAUACACCAAACACCGGAUGUCCACUUUCUUUCGGAGAUGUCAUGACUUUGUAUGCUCGUUCCAAGGCAUCUCAGGUUGUUUGGACCAUGGCCCUCCAGCGACAUCUCGCUGAACGCGAAGGAUGGAAAAAUAUAUCAGUUCACACAUGCCACCCAGGUACUGUCAAGUCAUCUAUAUGGACCCAACCUGACGGCAUUGGUUCUGUGGCUGGACGAUUGGCAGACAUUUUUCGGAUGGUAGGCAAUACCUUUGGUAUUCCCAACGAACAAGGGGCAGUAAACUCCGUAUGGCUUGCUACUGAUCCAGAACCAGCGCGUCCAGAUAUGCGAGGGUUGUACUGGGAUCGCCUUCGAUGGAAAUGGGUACGCCCUUGGAUCUUAGACCCGAAGCGUCAAAGCGAGCUAUGGGACAAAUGGUGCGAGGAUGUUGGUGUGACUCUAUGCUGA